AUGGACUGUAGAACGGUGGCACAGACUGUAAAUGGCAAGGAGACGGAGAAUAAGCAUCGAGCGAAUAUACACACUGGUGAGGUGUUCAAGGCAUUGAACAAAACACGAGGCUUGUAUUUACGCUGGCAAGAAAUAUCAAAGUCUCCAACAAUACCCAAUAGCCCUGAAGUAGAAUGGACUUCUACAGAGCUGAGGAAUGCUCUCCGUAGUAUUGAAUGGGAUUUAGAAGAUCUGGAAGAUACAAUAAGCAUUGUGGAGAAGAACUCAUCUAAAUUUAAGAUCGAUAACAAGGAGAUUAGUGACAGAAGGACAUUCAUCGAAGCAACUAAACAGGAAGUGAAGGUGAUGAAAGGCAAGAUGAACCUAAACCGGAACCGCGACAAUGAUGGCACGGCGCGGGAGCCACUGCUCGGCGAAGAGAGCCCGAUGCACUUCGGCAACUCUUGGACGUCGACGCCCAAGUACUCCAAGUACUCGAAGCUGGCCAACCAGACAGACAGCCCGAACAGGUUCGACGCGUAUAACGACGCCGACAUAAUGUCUAUGCAGGAGAAGAUGCUGAUGAGUCAGGAUGACCAGCUGCACGUGAUCAGCAACUCUGUGGGGUCCCUGAAGACCGUCUCCAAGCAGAUCGGGAUCGAGCUCGACGAGCAAGCUGUGAUGUUGGACGAUUUGAACACGGAACUCGAAAAUGCUGAUUCAAAGCUGGAUUCGACCAUAAAGAAAGUGGCGAAAGUACUCCAUAUGAAUAAUGAUCGACGACAGUGGCUGGCGAUUGGCAUACUGCUGGGCUUGCUGAUGAUUAUAUUCAUACUCUUCAUCAUAAUC